CGAGCGGCGCGGCGCGGCGGUGGCAGCUGCGCCGUGGGUGCGUGGCCCGGUCGAUGCUGACGCUGCCCAGGCUGCAGCCCCUGCUGCCGCAGCUCCGCUCCCUCCUGCCCAGCCUCGCCAUGAGCACCACCGGCACCUUCACCCUCCACCAGCCCCUCAACUACCGCGCCGGGGCCCGCGUCCAGCCCGUCGACGGCGGGCAGAGCGAGGAGGUCUACGAGCCGGCCACAGGUCGAGUGAUAAGCAAGCUUCUCUGCUCUGGGGAGAAGGAGGUCGAUCUGGCUGUGCAGAGUGCGAAGGCUGCCUUUAAAGUAUGGAGUCAGCUGUCGGGCAUGGAGCGGAGCAGGGUGCUGCUGGAGGCUGCCAGGAUUAUUCGGGAGCAGAGAGAAGAAAUUGCCACCUUGGAAACCAUCAACAACGGGAAAUCCAUCUUUGAAGCUAGAGUGGACAUUGACAUAUCUUGGCAGUGCCUGGAGUAUUAUGCUGGACUGGCAGGAUCUCUGGCUGGUGAACACAUCCAACUUCCUGGGGGAUCCUUUGGAUAUACAAGGAGAGAGCCACUUGGCGUGUGUGUUGGGAUCGGAGCCUGGAAUUACCCUUUCCAGAUUGCCUGCUGGAAAUCUGCCCCAGCAUUGGCUUGUGGUAAUGCUAUGGUCUUCAAGCCCUCUCCCUUCACCCCCAUUUCGGUGGUGAGGUUGGCAGAGAUCUUCACAGAGGCUGGUGUGCCCAAAGGGCUCUUCAAUGUGGUGCAGGGCGGAGCGGCCACCGGCCAGUUCCUUUGUCAGCACCCAGAUGUGGCCAAAAUCUCUUUCACCGGCAGCGUGCCAACUGGCGUCAAGAUCAUGGAGAUGGCAGCCAAAGGGAUCAAACCAGUCACCCUGGAGCUGGGAGGCAAAUCCCCACUCAUCAUCUUUUCGGACGGUGUGCUGGAGAAUGCUGUGAACGGAGCCCUCAUGGCCAACUUCCUGACGCAGGGCGAGGUAUGCUGUAAUGGCACGCGGGUGUUCGUGCAGAGAGAGAUACUGGAUGCCUUCACAAAGGAGGUGGUGAAACGCACCCAGAAAAUCAAAGUUGGAGACCCGCUUCUGGAAGACACACGAAUGGGAGCCCUUAUCAACCGGCCGCACCUGGACCGUGUCCAGGGCUUUAUCAAGCAGGCAAAGGAGCAGGGGGCAAAGGUGCUGUGUGGUGGGGACCUGUAUGUACCGGAUGACCCAAAGCUGAAGAACGGCUAUUACAUGCAACCCUGUGUGUUAGGGAACUGCACAGAUGAUAUGACAUGUGUGAAGGAAGAGAUCUUUGGACCUGUCAUGUCCAUCCUGCCAUUUGACACAGAGGAGGAAGUUGUGGAGAGAGCCAACAACACCAAAUUUGGCCUGGCAGGUGGUGUCUUCACCAGGGAUAUCCAGAAGGCUCACAGGGUAGUGGCUGCUCUCAAGGCUGGGAUGUGCUUCAUUAACAACUACAACAUCAGCCCUGUGGAGCUGCCUUUUGGAGGAUACAAGGCAUCAGGAUUUGGCAGAGAGAAUGGGCGGGCAGCCAUGGAGUAUUACUCGCAGCUGAAGACUGUCUGUGUGGAGAUGGGUGAUGUGGAAUCUGUGUUUUAGUGGUCUCAGGCUUUUCAAGGGAGCAUCAGUCAGCUGGAGAUGGGGAUCAUUUACACAGCGAUAAGGAAGUGCUCUAAAAUUGUAAGUGCCUCACAGGGAAGGAGGGGCAGAGUUGGAGCAGCGUUUUGCCACCUGAUCCUGCAAGGGGGAACAUAGACCUGGGGUUCAGCCUGUGGUUCUGCUCUGCCAUCUCUGGAGGUGGGAACCUCAAACUAGGAGGCAGCGAUGGGGUUUUCAUCAGUAGCAUGUGCUGCUACAGAAGCAUUAUCACAAGCUUUUCAGGGGCAGAGACCAAGGCUGCUCCCCCCACUGUGUGCUAUGAACCCCGUUGUCCUCUACCCUCAGUCAACUUUGGUUUUGACAUCUUAAGAGGUAUCACCCUACUCAAUGCACACGUAAGCUCUUGGACACGAUGUCCCGUAGCUGUAGGCUCUGUGUCUUCCCUGAUGAAAUAAAAGCCUUAAGGAUAGGACUAUUUGUUUUGGGGCUUUCUUCCCUCCUCCACCCUUAGCUCAAGUGUGAGCAGAACCUCUUUUUUUUUUUUUUCUUUUCCUACUUGUAUCUCACCUCCAAGGUGUGACAGGAUAUUGUGAGGAUGGUCAGCUGAUGCUUUCUGGUAUGGCUGUGGCUAUGCAGACUGUCUCCACACACAUACUAAAGACAGUACAACAGGAAUAGUAGCAGGCUCUAACAUAGGUGAUAGCUGUCAGUUAAGAUAGGCAAUGAUCUCUUUGACUCUCUUUCUAAAGGCGUGUUGUUCUUUAUAAUCAUGACUAACCAACUUUGUAUUUGUCUAUGUCUGUCUUUUUUUUUUUAACAAUCAAAUAAAUGUUAAUUCUGCUUGAAAACA